GAACAAGAAGCAGCUCAACUGUUGAAACAAAUUCUGCGAGAACCACAUAGACAUGACCCGGGCAUCGAUUUCGUUAAAGAUCGUGCACCUAGCUCUGGACCUGCUGCUGUGGAGGACUCAGUCAUGGAUGACAAGCAGAAAUUCACCUUGCACUUCGUCAUGAAAGAGCGAGCACACGCCAACACCCAAGACACCAGCGACAUUAAAUAUGAAGGCAGGAUUCGAUCUGGAGCCUCUACUUGCUGGAUCUCCUUUCCGGGCAAAUUUGCCGCAGGAUGGGAUGCUUUGGUUGCUGAGUUGCAUGGUGAUAGCGUGGCCUGCGUCUUCUUGAGCACGCCAGAAUCUGGCUUAGGCAAACACCAUACGUUCGAAGAUGGAAGUUGCUACUGCAAGGAUAUUUACGGGGAGAGGGACUUUCAGACUUUCGGUUACUUGGUAAAGAUGAAAGAACUUGACAGCGACAAGUUGAAACGCGAACAAGAAAAGGCGAAACUGACAAAUGCUGUCAUUGUUCCUGCAAAUGCCACACCUGAGAUGGAGGAGAUGUGUAGACAAGAGGCGAAGAGGAACUGGGAGAUGAAUGGCAAGAGGGCAGCGUGGGGAUGUCAAUGGUUUCAUGUUUGGAAGGAGAAGAUGCACGAAGCCGUUGAGAAGAAGCAGACUCUCAGAGUUGUGUUUUUUCCUGGCCAAAAGGGCCAAGGAAAAUUAAUGCUUCGAGAGCUCAAGUACAGAGACUUAUGGGAUGGCGUUGGCUGCGGCGGAAGCCAGAAAUGUGAGAUCGCAUAUGUAGAACACAUGCGGGCUGAGCAUGGCUCGGCGUGGGACUAUGAGGAGAUUGACGUAACCAGGUUUUUGGAGAAAGAGUUCCCGGUGCAUUCCACGGUUGAUGCCAAGCAUGGCAACAGGUGGAGAACAGGCGUGCUGUUGAUGACUGUCCCAAGUUUUGACGAUGAUGUAGUGACAAGGUCGGCAGAAUUAAAGUGGAUUGUUCAGUGCAAAGAGACACAACAAAUCUUUGUGUCGAGGCACAUUCGUCACGCAACAGAAGCAAUUCACAAUUUGCUCGACACCGGUCGCCAUGAUUUUUUGAAAAAGGCCUUGCAAAGUGCCAUUCCCAAGGGGAUUCAGGCAGAAUUGCCCUAUCAAACAAGACUGCCACAUGGUACCCCAUCGAUAGCUUUCAAUGUGAAGACCGACAAGAUUGAGAUCGCUCAAAUGCUGCGGGAUCAAGUUCUCAGUGGUGAGUUGAAUUUGAACAUGAAGCAAGCUUUGGCACAGGAUCCUCAUGCUAGAUCAGAGAUUCACGUGGACCAGUCAGAGUUUCUGGACAGCUAUGAUAGGAGUCUGCAGAGGCUGUCAAAGCUUACUCAGCAUCAGGAACAGAAACUGAAGGAGCUGAAGCAACUCGACAAUCAAAACCUGCACCUAGCUGCCCCUGCUGGGGCGGGUAAAACAUUUCUAGCGGUGAAAUACGUGCUGGAAAAGCUCCAAGCAAAUCCGGAGGGUCGUGUUCUCUAUGUUUCCCCUUGCAUUUCCCUUGGUCUUUAUUUUUUACGAUGGUUGGCCAGAUGGCAAGCUGCAGAAACAGUGGAAUCAACCCGUGACGCAAUGAAAACCCUGAUGCGAAGGGUCAUCAUGCUUCAGAAACCCUAUGAAGAGUUUGUUUUCUUGAGCACUCAAGGCGAUCAGAUUUUGCAGACUUCGACCACGCCAGUGUCAUUGAACGAGAAGUUCUUCUUGGCAGUGUUUGAUGAAGGUCAUGAAGUUUUUAGCCACUGCAGGAACAUUUCAGAGCAUGUCAGCUCAGAAAGCACACUUUUGCUCUCAGACACUUCUCAGUGUUCUGAUAUGAAUGUGAACAUCAAUUACCCAAACAUCAAGUGUGUAGCCCUGACGGAGGUUGUAAGGAGCACCAAACGUAUAGUUAGAGGAGCAGCCGCAUUUCAGAUCCUGAGUGAAGAGCAACAAGCGACAAGUCUUGGCACAGAUGGCCCACCGCUAAAAAGUUUUCUUUUUCAGAGUGCAGAUGAAAUUACGGCUAGUGGGUACAAGAAGGAAUACUCCGCAUUCGUCAUGAAGGCCUUCUCACAUGCGGCUCAAUCAUACCCCAACCUGUGCAGUUUUGACAAUCGUAUUGCUAUCCUGGUCCCAGAUGACAGAUUUUUGGAAUCUCUCAAAGGGCCUUUGCAGACAGAGCUGGGCCAUUCGUUCAGACAUCGAAGCUUUCGGUUGGUUUCGUUCAAAGAAUCCCUCAGUUUCCUGCCUACAUACUCAUCUGAAACAAAAGAUGAAUUGAUCAUUCUGGAUACAGUUGACAGAAGCAGAGGGCAUGAGGCCUUAAUGGUCAUUUGUGUUGGGCUCGACGAACCGAUUGAGGGUCAAGGCGCCAAAGUGGACUUGUUGACUCGGGCCAAGCUGUAUGUCGGGAUUUCCAGAGCUCAAUUCAUGGUUAUGGUUGUCAACUGCCAUGUGCCUGGUGGGUGGUUGGAAUUUUUGGCCAAACUGGAAUUCAAGGAAAGCAAAUUCCAAGAAGCAUCUGGACGUGCGGAGAUUCGAACGAAUGCAGCUGUGGAAACUCUGAAGGCAUUUGUGAUGCCAAACCCUUCGCAUGUAACAGUUCGCGAAAGCGGACAUGGUGCCGAUGAACCAAAGCACGAUAAGGACACCAAACCAGAGAAGGGGCAGGACCUGCCUGAACAGACGGAGCUCAAGGUACUCAAGAGCUCUGUGUGGGAUACGAUCAUUGACAGCAAGAUCGCAAACCAGAUUCACCAUCUCCGAUUUGACCCCCGUGCCGAGGCAACAACCCCAGCAGAAGCUGAUGCAAAGGAAGAUCCGGAAGAUCAGGACGAUUCAGAACAAGUCGAAGCCGACGAAGCGGCAGCGGCGAAAUACGCCAACAUCGCCGUCGCGGCGCGCGAGGGCGACCUGGCGGCGGUGCGGGGCCACCUGCGCCGCGACCGGCGCUGCCUGGACCGACUCUUCGAGGUCCUGGGGACGCGCGGGGCCGCGCUGCACUGGGCAGCAGCCAACGACUGCACGGCGGUCGUCGCCUUUCUCCUGGCGAAGGGCGCGGCUGUGGACGUCGUGGCCAGCGGCGGUCUCACUCCGCUGCAUUAUACAGCAUACAACGGCCAAGUGGAGAGCGCCAAGCUGCUGCUGGCCGCAAAGGCCUCGGUGGACAUCAAGAACAACUUCGGCAAAACGCCUUUGGAUUUCGCGAGAGACAGGGGCCGCACAGAAAUCGUGAACUUGAUGACGGGCAACGCAUGAAAUAUAAGGCUCGCUAUGGUGAUUUCAACAUAUAUCAACUUUCGGGCCAAAGGUGCCUUUGGAGACUUUGGAGUGCAUCCUAUUUGUAUG